AUAUAAACCAGUGCCCUGUCCCAUCCUGUGCUGAAUCUGAACCUGAAGCUUGACCUGUUUGGAAACAGAAUUGAUGGAGCUUGGGAAAAUGGCAUCCCGCAGAAAUGAGCCAACUUAUCUUGCCUGGUCCAUCUUCAACACUUUUUGUUGCUGUUUGCCACUUGGGAUUGCAGCAAUCAUUUACUCAUGCAGAGUAAACAAUGCAAAUUCACUUGGAGAUGCUGGAAAAGCUCAAGAGUCCUCCAGGAUAGCAAAGAACCUGAAUAUUGCUUCACUGGUGUUUGGACUGAUUGGAGUAAUUAUGGUGAUUGUAAUGUUGGUGAUUCAAAGCUCAAACAUGUAAGCAACUUGACCAUAUGCUUGUGAUGGAAUUUUUGUUUUGUUUUGUUUUUGUUUUUUGGUCCUUGCUAUUCAAACAACACUGCAAACUAUGAACUACACCACUCAGCUCUAGAGAUGAUGAAGACCAGCUGUGGCUUGAAAAUCAAAUAAGCAAUUAUAGCCACACAAUGUUUUGUUUUUUGGGUUUACUCAAUGUUCAGAAAAUAAAGAGCUACAGAAAUAUAAAUUGAUUUGUUAAUAUAAAAAUUAUUUUGAAUAAAAUUUAAAAACUCAAGUUUAUUUAUUUUUUUAUUUUUUUAUUUCCUUUUUAAGUCCUUUUCAUUUUAUUUGCAAAUAAGCUAAAUGUUCAUGGGAAUUCUGUUUUAUGCCAGAUAAUAUCAUAAAAUGUCCUUCAUUUUAAUUAGUGUAGUAUUUCUGAUUCAGAGCAAUGAAUGCAAAGUACUGUAAUCACAUAGCUACUAUAUGCAUGGAAAAUGUAACUGGUAAAUGGCUUAUGUAAUGGUUUUCUGCAUUUAUGUAUUAAUGGUUUUCUCCAUUUAUGUUCUGUAUUAAACGAGUAUUACAUACAUAAUAAAUAAGGCAUUCAAAUGUAACAAUUUGGUUGCUCACAUUUUA